AUGGAACCCAAAAAAUCCAAAAAGAAAAGCAAAAAGUGGAAGCCAUCAGUCGGGAAGAAGUUUGUUUACAAAGAAAGUGUAAAAGAAGCUCUUCCUCCUGAAGUUUUAAGAAAAAUCAUCAAAGACCAUGGCGAUAUGUCUAGUAAACGAUUCAGAAAUGAUAAACGUGCCUAUCUCGGAGCUUUGAAAUACGUCCCUCACGCAAUUUAUAAGCUUUUAGAAACCAUGCCAAUGCCUUGGGAACAAGUACGAAACGUGAAGGUUCUUUAUCACGUUUCAGGCGCAAUCACUUUUGUGACAGAAGUCCCUAGAGUCAUUGAGCCAGUCUAUACAGCACAAUGGGGUACGAUGUGGAUAAUGAUGAGAAAAGAAAAGCGAGACCGUCGCCAUUUCAAGCGUAUGAGAUUUCCUCCAUUUGACGACGAAGAGCCUCCUCUUGAUUAUGGAGACAACAUUAUGCAUGUGGAGCCAUCCCCGCCUAUACAAAUGCAGCUGGACGAGGAAGAAGAUAACACAGUUUUUGACUGGUUUUAUGAUGAUAAACCACUGAUUUAUACCAACAUGGUCAAUGGGUCAAGCUAUAGGAAGUGGAAUUUGCCUUUAUCAGUGAUGAGCAAUCUUUACAGACUUGCAAACCAGCUGUUGAGUGACUUAUAUGACCCGAAUUAUUAUUAUUUGUUUGACCAGAAGUCAUUUUAUACUGCGAAAGCACUCAAUAUUGCAAUACCUGGUGGCCCCAAAUUUGAGCCUCUGUUUAGGGAUUUGGAAGAAGACGAAGAUUGGACGGAAUUUAAUGAUAUUAAUAAAGUCAUUAUAAGGAACCAAAUAAGGACUGAAUAUAGGAUUGCUUUUCCAUAUCUGUAUAACAGCAGGCCAAGAAAAGUGACUCUUUCUAGCUACCAUAAGCCUGCAGUUGUGUAUUUUAGGCAGGAAAAUCCAUCAGUCCCGACUUUUUAUUUUGACCCUGUGAUUAAUCCACUCCCAGCUUAUAAAUUGGAAAAGUCUGAAGAGUUAUAUUUAUUUAUUCUGAUAACUAGCAUUAAGCCAUUAAAGCAAAGAUGGGUAUAAAAAUAAAAGCUAUUGCUGAUUAUGUGAAUUAAUGAGAUUUAGUUAGAAUAUCUGAUGAUGAAUUAGAAGAAUUUAUGCUCCCAGAAAACAUUGAGCCUUUAUUCGGAGAUUUUUCAUUAGACACAAGCAACACAAACAAUGGCAUUGCUUUACUCUGGGCACCACAUCCGUUCAACAAAAGAACUGGGAGAACUCGCAGAACCUGUGAUGUACCAUUAGUUAGUGGAUGGUUCAGAGAGCAUUGCCCUACCCACUACCCUGUAAAAGUCAGAGUUUCUUACCAAAAGCUCCUCAAAUGUUGGGUACUAAACCAGCUUCACCACAGAAAACCCAAAGCUUUAAAGAAGAGAAACAUUUUCAGAGCUUUUGAAAGGACAAAAUACUUCCAAAAAACCGAAAUCGACUGGGUUGAAGCAGGUCUUCAGGUUUGUCGUCAAGGCUACAACAUGCUUAACUUGCUGAUCCACAGAAAAAAUUUAAACUACCUGCAUCUUGAUUACAACUUUAACUUAAAGCCUAUAAAAACCCUUACCACAAAGGAAAGGAAAAAAUCAAGAUUCGGCAAUGCAUUCCAUCUGUGCAGAGAAGUAAUGAGACUCAUAAAAAUUGUGGUAGAUACCCAUGUGCAGUAUAGGCUUGGGAAUGUUGAUGCUUUUCAGCUUGCUGACGGCUUGCAGUACAUUUUUGCACAUGUAGGACAGCUGACAGGAAUGUAUAGAUACAAAUACAGGCUGAUGAGACAGGUUAGGAUGUGCAAGGAUCUUAAACAUCUUUUAUAUUACAGAUUUAACAAUGGACCUGUAGGAAAAGGCCCUGGGUGUGGAAUGUGGGUCUCUGGAUGGAGAGUUUGGCUAUUUUUCUUAAGAGGGAUGGUGCCGCUGUUGGAAAGAUGGCUAGGAAAUCUAUUGGCAAGGCAAUUUGAAGGGAGGCAUAGCAAAGGAGUAGCGAAAACAGUCACUAAACAAAGGGUUGAGAGUCAUUUUGAUCUUGAAAUGAGGGCUUCUGUUAUGCUUGACAUUCAAGAUAUGAUGCCUGAAGGAGUAAGAGAUAAUAAAAUCAAAACUAUUCUGCAGCAUUUAUCAGAGGCCUGGAGAUGCUGAAAAGCAAACAUUCCUUGGAAAGUCCCUGGGCUUCCUCAGCCUAUUGAAAACCUUAUUUUACGAUACAUCAAGGCUAAAGCUGACUGGUGGACAAAUGCUGCUUAUUAUAACAGAGAAAGAAUCAAAAGAGGUGCAACCGUAGAUAAAACUGUCUGCAAGAAAAACCUAGGAAGACUAACCAGACUUUGGCUAAAGGCUGAACAAGAAAGGCAACAUAAUUAUUUAAAAGAUGGCCCAUACCUAACUUCUGACGAAACUGUAACAAUUUACACAUCAAUGGUCCAUUGGCUUGAAAGCAGAAGAUUCCUCCCUAUUGUUUUUCCACCUUUAAACUACAAACACGACACAAAAUUAUUUGUCCUUUGCUUAGAACGGCUAAAAGAAUCUUACUCUGUGAAAUCAAGACUAAACCAAUCACAAAGAGAAGAGCUUGGACUAAUAGAGCAAGCUUACGAUAACCCUCAUGAAGCACUAUCAAGGGUAAAGCGACACUUGCUUACAAUGAGAAGUUUUAAAGAAGUAAAUAUUGAGUUUAUGGACUUAUAUUCUCAUUUAAUUCCUGUCUAUGAAAUUGAGCCCUUAGAAAAAAUCACUGAUGCAUAUCUUGACCAAUAUCUGUGGUAUGAAGCUGAUAAAAGGAAAUUAUUCCCUAAUUGGAUGAAGCCUUCAGAUUCUGAGCCUCCUCCACUAUUAGUCUAUAAAUGAUGUCAAGGAAUUAAUAAUCUGACUGAUAUUUGGGAUGUUUCUGAAGGGCAAUGUGUAGUGCUAUUACAGACAAAGCUAGAAAAAAUAUACGAAAAGAUUGAUUUAACGCUAUUUAACAGGCUACUGAGACUGAUUGUGGAUCAUAACUUGGCUGAUUAUAUGACAAGCAAAAAUAACGUGAUUAUUACUUAUAAAGAUAUGAGCCACACCAAUUCUUAUGGGUUUAUCAGAGGGCUUCAGUUUGGGUCUUUUGCGUUUGGAUACUAUGCUCUUGCUGUUGAUAUCAUGAUUUUAGGACUUCAGAGGGCUUCAGAAAUAGCAGGACCUCCUUCAGAUCCAAAUGAAUUUUUAACCUAUAAAGACGUGAAAACUGAAACAAGGCACCCAAUUCGGCUUUACUGCAGAUAUAUUGACAAGCUUUUUAUGGUCUUUAGGUUUUCUGCAGAAGAAGCCAGGGAUUUGAUCCAAAGGUUUUUAAUCGAAAACCCUGACCCAAAUAACGAAAACCUAAUAGGUUACAACAAUAAAAAAUGCUGGCCUAGAGACUGCAGAAUGAGACUGAUAAAGCAUGAUGUCAACCUAGGAAGAGCGGUUUUUUGGGAAAUAAAAAACAGGCUGCCGAGAUCAGUGACUACAAUAGACUGGGAAAACAGUUUUGUUAGUGUUUAUAGCAAGGACAAUCCGAAUUUCUUAUUCAACAUGAGCGGGUUUGAAGUAAGGAUCCUUCCCAGAUGCAGAAUGCUUUCUGAAGAUUUUACUUAUAGAGAUGGAGUAUGGAGACUUCAUAAUGAAAACACAAAAGAAAUCACAGCACAAGCAUUUUUAAGAGUAGACAAUGAAGGACUGAGAAGAUUUGAAAACAGAGUCAGGCAAAUCCUAAUGGCUUCAGGCUCCACAACUUUCACGAAAAUUGCAAAUAAAUGGAACACUUCACUAAUUGGGCUGAUGACUUAUUAUAGAGAAGCUGCAGUUCACACUGAAGAACUUCUUGACCUUCUAGUUAAAUGUGAGAAUAAGCUGCAAACCAGAAUAAAAAUUGGGCUGAAUUCAAAAAUGCCUUCAAGAUUUCCACCAGUUGUUUUUUAUACUCCAAAAGAACUAGGAGGUCUAGGCAUGCUAUCAAUGGGACAUAUCUUGAUCCCUCAAAGCGAUUUAAGAUAUUCAAAACAGACAGAAACUGGGAUCACCCAUUUCAGAGCUGGGAUGUCUCAUGAAGAAGAUCAGUUUAUUCCGAAUCUUUAUAGAUAUAUACAGACCUGAGAGUCAGAGUUUAUUGAUUCGCAAAGAGUGUGGGCAGAAUAUGCACUUAAAAGACAAGAAGCCCAAGCUCAAAAUAGAAGACUAACUUUAGAAGACUUAGAAGACUCUUGGGAUCGUGGCAUUCCUAGAAUCAAUACACUAUUCCAAAAAGAUAGGCUGACUCUGGCUUAUGACAAAGGCUGGAGAAUGAGGCAGGAUUUCAAACAGUACCAGGUUUUAAAACAAAACCCAUUUUGGUGGACUCAUCAGAGGCAUGAUGGAAAGCUGUGAAAUUUAAAUAACUACAGGACUGACAUGAUACAAGCACUUGGAGGAGUAGAAUGCAUAUUAGAGCAUACAUUAUUUAGAGGGACUUAUUUUCCAUCUUGGGAAGGAUUGUUCUGGGAAAAAGCCAGUGGGUUUGAAGAAUCUAUGAAAUAUAAGAAACUAACACAUGCACAGAGGUCUGGGCUUAACCAAAUCCCCAACAGAAGGUUUACACUGUGGUGAAGCCCUACAAUUAACAGAGCCAAUGUAUAUGUCGGGUUCCAAGUGCAGCUAGAUUUAACUGGAAUUUUCAUGCAUGGGAAAAUCCCAACCUUAAAAAUUUCUCUUAUUCAAAUCUUCAGAGCCCAUCUAUGGCAGAAAAUCCACGAAAGUAUCGUAAUGGAUCUCUGCCAAGUUUUUGAUUUAGAAAUGAACUCAUUAGAAAUCGACACAGUGCAAAAAGAAACCAUCCAUCCUAGAAAGUCAUAUAAAAUGAACUCUUCUUGUGCUGAUAUCUUGCUUUUCGCUACUUAUAAAUGGCCGAUUUCUAAGCCAAGUCUAUUAUCAGAUAACAGAGAUGUAUACGAUGAUGUGACCUCAAAUAAAUAUUGGGUAGAUGUACAGCUAAGAUGGGGAGAUUAUGACAGCCAUGACAUUGAAAGAUAUGCGAGAGCAAAAUUUUUGGACUAUACGACUGACCAUACUUUGACGCUUUAUCCGUCGCCGACAGGAUGCUUACUUGCAAUUGAUUUAGCUUAUAAUUUGCAUAGUGGGUACGGGAACUGGUUUCCUGGUUCAAAAACAUUGUUGCAGCAGUCGAUGAGUAAAAUCAUGAGAGCAAGCCCUGCGCUAUAUGUACUUAGAGAAAGAAUAAGAAAAGGGUUGCAGCUUUAUUCAUCUGAACCAACUGAGCCUUAUUUAAAUUCUCAAAACUAUGGAGAGCUGUUUUCUAACCAGACUAUAUGGUUUGUGGACGAUACUAACGUGUAUAGAGUCACAAUCCAUAAAACAUUCGAAGGAAAUUUGACAACAAAGCCUAUAAAUGGUGCAAUUUUUGUUUUUAAUCCAAGAACUGGACAGCUGUUCUUGAAAAUUAUCCAUACAUCAGUGUGGGCUGGACAGAAGAGACUUGGCCAGCUUGCGAAGUGGAAAACAGCUGAAGAAGUUGUCUUUUUAAUCAGAUCACUUCCAGUUGAAGAGCAGCCUAAACAGAUUAUAGUCACACGCAAAGGAAUGCUAGAUCCUCUCGAAGUCCAUCUAUUAGAUUUCCCCAAUAUUGUCAUAAAAGGCUCAGAACUUCAGCUCCCAUUCCAAGCUAUUUUAAGAAUCGAAAAAUUCGGAGACUUGAUCCUCAGGGCAAGCAAGCCAGAACUUGCCAUAUUUAAUCUUUAUGACGACUGGCUGCAAUCAAUUUCUUCAUUUACUGCAUUCAGCAGACUUAUCCUUAUACUGAGAGCUGUUCACGUAAAUAACGAAAAAGCCAAAAUGAUCUUAAAGCCUGACAAAACAACAGUGACUAAACCAAACCAUGUUUGGCCUACCCUUACUGAUGAUGAGUGGGUUAAGGUCGAAGUUGAGCUGAAAAAUCUGAUUUUAAAUGACUAUGGCAAGAAAAAUAAUGUAAACAUUGCAUCUCUGACACAAAGUGAAAUCAGAGAUAUCAUUUUGGGCAUGGAAAUCACUCCUCCCUCUUUGGCAAGACAACAAAUGGCAGAGCUGGAAAAACAGAGAGAUCAGACUACUGCAGUUACUUCGAAGACUACAAAUGCUAUGGAUGAAGAAUUUGUGGUGAUAACCCAGACUCCAUAUGAACAAAUGGUUUAUACUUCGAGAACUGACUGAAGAGUUCGAGCAGUUUCUGCAACUAAUUUAUAUUUAAGAACUGGGCAUAUUUUUAUUAAGAAAGAUGAAGAAGAUUCUUCAGCAGUCUAUGUCCUACCAAAGAAUGUGUUGAAAAAGUUUAUUGCAAUUGCUGACUUGAGAACUCAAAUUGCAGCUUAUUUAUAUGGUAUCACCCCACAGGAGCAUCCAGAUGUAAGAGAAAUUCGAUGCAUCGUUUUGGUCCCUCAAGUUGGGACUUAUCAAAGUGUGACUUUGCCGAACUCUGUACCUGAGCAUCCGUAUUUAAAGGAUUUAGAGCCAAUUGGAUGGAUACACACACAGCCGGGAGAUACAUCACAGCUUUCUCCGCAGGAUAUUAUGUUCACAGCUAAGCUUGUAUGCCCGCUUAAGCUGAAUAGCAGAAUUAAGUGGAAUAACAUAUUAAUGGCUAUGACUUUAUAAUAGAUUAAUCUUAAAAGAUAUAUCAGAAAAUUCAAAUUGGAAUCCAGAAGCCAAUGCUGUUAUAACUGUAAGCUUUACCCCUGGUUCAUGCACUCUGUCUACAUUUAGAGUCACCCAAGCAGGCGUUGAGUGGGGGAAAAUAUCAAAUGACGCAUCAGGAUAUCUGCCUGGAUUUUUCAAAAAAACACAAAUGCUUCUGACAGAGAAAUUCUUUGGAUCCUUUAUGGUUCCUGACACAGGGGUCUGGAACUGUAAUUUCAUGGGAAUCGGGCAUUCUCCUCAUAUGAAAUACAACUUGCAUUUGGCCAAUCCAAAAGAAUUUUAUCACGAAAUUCAUAGACCAUCACACUUUUUAUCCUUUGCAAAAGCUCAUGAAGAGGAAGAAAUAGCAGAAAUGGCACCAGAAAUUGAUAAUCCUUAUGAUUAA